AUCCACACUCCGGAACAGAAGGUGGCGGUAAUGCGCCAAUAAGCUUGAUACCAACCGCCGUUAAAAAAAAAGAAGAAGAAGAAAACCGGAAGUAAAUUUAUGCUGAUCGUAUAGACAAACCUCGCUUGAAGAUGAAUACCCGUGGCCUGCGCUCUCAGUUGAAGGACAGUGUCCCUGUGACAGGUCUGUGUCCACAGGCGGGUCCUUAUGGGGUUCAGGACUCUCUACGCAGAGGGUUCUCAAGUGUAAAGAAUGAGCUGCUACCAAGUCAUCCAUUGGAGCUUUCUGAGAAAAAUUUUCAGCUCAACCAGGACAAGAUGAAUUUCAACACAUUAAGGAACAUCCAGGGUCUCCACGCACCCCUCAAACUACAGAUGGAGUACAGAGCGGCUAGACAGAUUCAGCGUUUGCCCUUUCUGCCAAGCUCAAACCUGGCCCUGGAUACCCUCAGAGGUACUGAUGACACCAUUGGCUUUGAGGACAUCCUCAAUGAUCCUGUCCAGAGUGAGAUGAUGGGCGAUCCUCACAUCAUGACCGAAUACAAGCUUGGUGUCCUGUGAGGAUGCCGUUUCUGCACUAUUUUCACCCAAGCCUGUAGAUUGUGUUAUAUGCAUUGUUUGACCACAAUUUCUAAUAAAAUGUAAAACUUGAA